UGGAGGCGGAGGGAGGCGGCGGCGGCGGCGGAGGAGGAGGAGGAGGGGGGAAGAUGGCGGCGCCCGUCCUGCUGAGAGUGUCGGUGCCGCGGUGGGAGCGGGUGGCCCGGUAUGCAGUGUGCGCCGCCGGGAUCCUGCUCUCCAUCUACGCCUACCACGUGGAGCGGGAGAAGGAGAGGGACCCUGAGCACCGGGCCCUCUGCGACCUGGGGCCCUGGGUGAAGUGCUCCGCCGCCCUUACCUCCAGAUGGGGUCGAGGAUUUGGUCUUUUGGGUUCCAUUUUUGGAAAAGAUGGUGUAUUAAACCAGCCAAACAGUAUCUUUGGACUUAUAUUUUAUAUACUACAGUUAUUACUUGGCCUGACCGCGAGUGCAGUGGCGGCUUUGAUCCUCAUGACGUCCUCCAUCGUGUCUGUCGUAGGGUCGUUGUACCUGGCCUAUAUUCUGUACUUUGUGCUGAAGGAGUUUUGCAUCCUCUGUGUCACUACAUAUGUGCUGAACUUCAUUCUUCUUAUCAUCAACUACAAACGACUAGUUUACUUGAAUGAGGCCUGGAAGCGACAGCUGCAGCCCAAACAGGACUGAGGAUGGCCUUGAUGAUGAACUCCUGACUGACCGGCUCAAGUCCCUUUUGUCCCAUUAAGUUUAUUUUGCAGCAUUUUUUUUUUUUUUUUUGAUUCUUCACAACAGACACUUUCCCCGAGAAUCUUAAACUGAUUUUUUAAAAAUCCUGUAAAUUAGAAGGGGCCCUAGCUAUUCUCUGUGUCGAUCUUCAUUUUGAAUGUGGAUACAAAACAAAACAAAAAAAGAUAUGCCAAGCCAAUCAAAGACAAGCUUUAACUUUACUUUGAAGAUGUUUCUGAAAUAAUAAAAUGUAACCCUAGCCCCAUGCCCUCAACUGUAAAGUGAACAACCAUUGCUAGUAAUUCCUUAAUGUGUAUAAAUUCAAUUUCAGGUAUAACAGAUGUGAUCAUGACAUGAAACUAUUUUAGAAUAGAUGCUGUAUUAAAUAUUGCCAUGUUUACAAUAUGUACUAUGUUUUUAGCUGACGGAUUUAAACCUGUAGGUUCAACUAGAAUCCAUUUUUUUGUGAUAUUUGUAAAUAAAGGUAGAAAUAUUGGCUCCAUCCCUGCAGAACUUCCUGUACGGCUUAGUUGAAGCAUAGCGACAAAGUGGAUUCAGCUCAGUGUUGACGGAUGAAAUAGUGAAAAAGUGGUAAGCCCCAACAGAGCCUCUUGCGAAAGACGCUGGCGGCGGUGGGUGCAGCAACAGCAGCAGCGACACCAGAAACCUUAGGGCAGUCGGUUCCCUUUCAUCUCCAUCCUCUGAAAGAAGAAACUGAAUUUGACCAUUCAAGUCAAGUUUGUGUUAAGGCCUAAAACUGGAUGAAUUCUAAAACCUUCCACAGAAUGAGUUGUGUGACCAGACCUCCGAGUCCAAGGCCUUCGGGACACUGAUAUAGGAAGUGGGUAUAUUUCUUUGGAGAAAAACUGGAAAUAUUCAAAUGGCAUUUUCAAGUGAAGCCUCUUAAGAGUAGUUGAAUUUUCACAGAUAUUUUUUUCUUCACGUUGGUGCCAGUCAACCCAACAGUGUUAGGACUUGGAAGUGGCCAAAGCCCGCUGCCCGAGGAUUGCCUGUCAGUCACGCUGCGGUCUUGUCCCUCCUUGUUCCUGCACUAACUACAUCUCUGGUUUGUUUCAGAGUCAGCUAUUGGAUUCUGUGAGCUUUAGGGCUGACACGCUGCUCAGUUUACUUAGUCGGGAGAAAUCCUGCUGGUACAAACAGAAGUAAAAUCUGUUCUUUCUGUAACUACACAGAUGCAGUGAGAAUUUCUAACAACGAUUUGAAUAAACCCCAGUGGAAUUGUGACAGUAUGUUUCUAUGGUUAACAUCUUCUGCCAGAAUGUGAAAAGUGCCUUCUGUCUUAAAUCUAAAACCAAAUAUUUUGUGCGUUGAACUUGGGCAGAAGUGUCCUUCCCUCCUUUCGUAAUUGAAAUUGAAAACUCAUAUUCCACCAAAAAAAAAAAAAGUUCUGAAUGAGCAUUUGAUUCUUUAGAUUGAGGUUUAUACCAUUGUGUUUGCUUCGGACUCACUUAAUGAUUCUGUUAAAUACAGUCAACUAGAUUGGGCAUUUUUGAGUGCUGUAUUUUGCCUUCUUUUUGAAAGGAGGGGAUAGGCCCUGCUCUGUAGAUUUGUAGCAUCAGCAACUAUUCAGUAGUUGGCAACUGUCACCGUUUCAGCAAGGCAGGUAUAUAAAAUCUGAACUUUAACGGACUUUUAGCCAAUUUUAACCAGUUUCUUAAAAAGACAGCUUAAUUCAUCUUUCACUAAGGCUAACGUUUUCCCAUGAAUGUGAAUAUUUCAAUGCCUGUUUGAUUAUGUAUGUAUUGUUCUUGUGUUGUUAAAGUAGUUAGAGAAGUCUGGAAAGCAUUUGAUUGAACGUGUGGCUUCGAUGGAGAAAUGAGUCCUCCGAUUUGAAAACUGUGCAGUGAGGUCAUCUUGUUGAAGUGUGUCUAAUUCUACCAAGGCAGUGUGCUGGUUCUGUUUUCUAAACUAGAGUGGAAAUGGCUUAACGGUUAAGAUGUCUGUGGUAUUUAUGACACCGCUUGUGCUAAACAAGUUCCUGUGUCCCAAUCUCAAAUGAGUUUUCAUCCUAUUUUGUGUCAAUCAACAGAGUAUAGUUAUAGCUUGUCUUGAGGUUACAUUCUUGCAAAUCUCUUCAACUCUGAUAUGAGAAAACAUGGAAAAAUAUGCAGCCAAACCCUUCAAGUUUUCCUUCGCUUUCUUAAACCUCGGGGAAACCACUGUUUCAGUUGUAUUUUUUUUAAAAAAAAAAAAAAAAAGAAGAAGAAGAAGAAAGAAAGAAAAUGCCACAUUCCUAUGACCUAGUAGGGUGAAUGCCCUUUUUCUCACUGAAAGAGGCACCUGUGCUGCCUGCAAUAACAGGAGUGUAACGUCACCGUGUGGGUAAGGGACAGAGCCUGUGAGUGGAAUUCGGUGUUUUACCUCUGGAAGGCUCGAGGCGUCCCUCUGCACGGUAUUCCACCCAGAAGAGGGGCGUGGGAGGGGUGGGAGUCCCAUAUGAUCAAUGGUGAAGGUCACUGUGGUUGCAGACUGAGGAGGCGUGAACAGGGCAACGCUGCUCUCCGCAAGUGCUGAGGGACAGACUAGGGCAAGAACUGCACACAAGUGACUUACAACCAAUGGAACUUCUUAUUUAUGUAACAGUCACAAAUAUUUGAAAAAAAAAAACAUAAUGGGUUACAGAAGAUCAAUUCCAGGCACUCUAGGUGGCUUCAACGAUUUCAUUUGGCCUUUCGUUACAGCUAGUUGCUGGCAGUGAAGGUAAAACUUGUGGGAAAGUGACAGGUUUAAUGAGCUGUGUGUCGAGAGACUUUAGUACUUGAUGUACGUAUACCCUUCCCCAAAAUGUGUUAACUUUUAAAGAAUGCUGAAAGCACUGACUAUGUUCACACAGAAAAGAUUGUCGCUUGGUACGUGGGGAUCUUUGGACCUGCUUGCUAGGAUACAGGACCAAGACUACAAUAAAAUGAAAAUUCUUUGUUGGUUUUUUGUUUCUUGACUCCUUGUUUUAAAAGACCGCAAAAGUACAGAAUUCUCUUGGGCAGUUACUUCAUAACUUUCAGCAGCAGCCCUGCUGGACACCAGUGGAUAUUGUCAGGAAAUCUUGUCUAGACAAGUGCCAACAAAGAAACCCAGCAUCGUUCUGGGGCGCCUCCUUGGGGGGAGACUCGCUAGGCAGCCUUUGUCCCCCAGUCGGUUCCCCCAGGAGACAAGCAUUUCUUAGGAGAUGUUUUAGGCAGCACUGUGACUCAGUGAGAAAUUACCCUUCAGUAAAACAAAAGGGGUGGGGAUGGGAGUCCAGGCUAUCUGAUAAAAAAACGUGUUUUUUUUUUUUUAAACAAAUUAACCCCGAGAAGGUAAAAUGUUUUGUUAUAAAACUGUAUUAAGCAUGACCUAAAUAUUAGGUAUAUGAUCUGUAUAGUAUGUUCCAUCAAAACUAUUUAUUCCUCGUGCUUGUUUAAAACAGAGUUCACUGGGCAGAUUUCUCCGUCAGUUCAGAGGGAAAUGUUCUUGAUCAGAGGCUUAGGACAGUUUUUGCUAACUGGUAAAUAAAAACAAAAUGUAAAUAUGUAAGAAUGUUCAUUUGUUGCACAUAACUUUUUUGGUAUAAAAUAAAUGUAGAAGUUACCUGUG